CAUCCUCGCCACAUUUCCCUUUCCCUUUCCGUUCCCACUCCCACGAUUCACUCGUUCAUCCAUUGGCUGUACGCCCCUUCCCUCCCCUGCCCCGGUCACAAAGCUCAUUACUUUUUCUCGUGUCCGCCUUCCUUCCUCCCCUGCAAUCCUUUCUCUGUUCCGCUGUAAAGGCGGAGCAGCCUGGAACAGGGUUGUUGGAUCUGACCGGCUAUCUCUGAGUCGAGGAGACUCGCCGCCAGAUGCUGCCCACCGGCAGGAGCAGGCCUCAGCCCAGGCCCGCGCCCAGAUCUUGGUCCUUCUCAGACAUGGACUUCUCUGAUCCGAAGCGCAACUCCAGGUACCUCAGCAAGAUCAUCAUGGUCGCGCUCCUCACGGCCAUGUGCGUUGUCAUGCUCACCCAGCCGCCCUGCCAUAGGAAGGCUCCCAGCGUGUUCUCCAUCCAUGAACUCGGAGUAACACAUGUGUUGGUGACGGGUGGCGCUGGCUACAUAGGAUCGCAUGCGGCUCUUCGAUUGCUCAAAGACUCCUUCAGAGUCACCAUUGUGGAUAAUCUCUCAAGAGGAAAUAUCGGGGCGGUCAAGGUUCUUCAGAACUUGUUUCCUGAUCCUGGGCGAUUGCAAUUCAUACAUGCUGAUUUAGGCGAUCCAAAAGCUGUUAACAGAAUAUUCGCAGAGAAUGCAUUUGAUGCCGUCAUGCACUUCGCUGCUGUCGCGUAUGUGGGAGAGAGCACGCUUGAGCCUCUGAGGUACUAUCAUAACAUCACUGCAAACACUUUGGUUGUGCUAGAAGCCAUGGCGACGCACAAUGUUAAAACCCUGAUCUACUCUAGCACAUGUGCCACCUACGGGGAACCCGAGAAGAUGCCUAUCACUGAAGAAACUCCCCAGUUUCCUAUAAACCCAUAUGGCAAGGCCAAGAAAAUGGCAGAGGAUAUCAUUUUGGACUUCUCCAAGUCGAGGAAAUCAGACAUGUCGGUGAUGAUCCUGAGAUACUUCAACGUCAUCGGUUCUGACCCAGAAGGAAGGCUGGGUGAGGCUCCACCACCCGAAUUGCGUGAGCAUGGCCGUAUAUCCGGUGCGUGCUUCGACGCGGCACUAGGAAUAAUCCCAGGCUUGAAGGUCAAAGGUACCGACUACGAAACGGCCGACGGGACUUGCGUAAGAGAUUACAUCGAUGUCACCGACCUGGUGGAUGCCCACGUGAAAGCGCUCAACAAGGCAGAGAGAGGCAAAGUUGGCAUAUACAAUGUUGGCACCGGAAGAGGUAGGUCGGUGAAGGAGUUUGUGGAGGCUUGCAAGAAGGCGACCGGAGUCGACAUCAAGGUCGACUACUUCCCUCGCCGCCCCGGUGACUAUGCCGAAGUGUACAGCAACCCCGCAAGGAUCAACCGCGAGCUAAACUGGACAGCCCAGCACACCGAACUCCAGGAGAGCCUCAGGGUCGCGUGGACAUGGCAGAAGAAGCACCGGAGUGGCUAUGCAGACUCGGGUCGAUAUAUUUUUUGACUCAACUCACAGAGAUAGCAGUUACACAUAAUUUAUAUAGCGUGUAUGGUCAUUUGUUCAAUUCCUGGGAUUUUAUUUAUAUAUGGGAAGUUCACCAGUUCGUUAUAAAUAUCGAUAUGUUCUUUCACUGAA